UGGGCAAAAGCGAAACUCUCUUGCCUCCGCGACUUGGUUUUGUGUGCAAGGGGAAAAAUAAAAUUGAAAAAAAAAAAAUCAAAUCAGGGAGUGGGGAAUCAGCGGUUCUCAGCCACCAUCGCUAUUUCCAUCCGAUCGCCGUUUCCCCCUUCCCAGACCUAAUUUUCUGUCUUCAGGUCCUAGGUUGAAGCAAUCAUGGCUUCUAAGCGUAUCUUGAAGGAACUGAAGGAUUUGCAGAAAGAUCCGCCUACUUCUUGCAGUGCAGGUCCUGUAGCGGAAGACAUGUUCCACUGGCAAGCAACGAUCAUGGGACCGUCCGAUAGCCCAUAUGCAGGAGGUGUUUUUCUAGUGACUAUCCAUUUCCCACCUGAUUAUCCUUUCAAGCCUCCAAAGGUUGCAUUUAGGACUAAGGUCUUUCACCCGAACAUAAACAGCAAUGGAAGCAUUUGUCUUGAUAUCCUCAAAGAACAAUGGAGCCCUGCUCUUACCAUUUCUAAGGUACUGCUCUCCAUUUGCUCUUUGCUGACUGAUCCAAAUCCUGAUGACCCUCUUGUACCAGAGAUAGCACAUAUGUACAAGACGGAUAGAGCCAAGUAUGAAGCAACUGCUCGCAGCUGGACACAGAAGUAUGCUAUGGGGUGAUCCUUGUGGGGUUACCUGUUUGUAUAAAUGGGGUGUGUUUAUUGUGGAAUGUGUUAAAAACUGCUUUUACCUUUUGUACUUGGUGUGAGAGGUUGGGUAGGGAAAGGGGUUAGUCCAAUCUGGUGGUUAUUUACUGGAAACUAUAUUUUGGAAUUGCCAGAUUGGCUAGGAAAUAACUGUAUGGUCAGGAUGCUUUUGAUCUAGACAAUGCUGUUUGAAGCUCUUAUUUGAAUCAAACAUAAGUAGAACACCCUUGUCGUUGCCCUUAUUCAA